AUGUCGGUCAGAGAUUUUCCCACUGGUUUGAGUAGUCCUGACAAUGAGUCGGUGCGCUCGUUCACAGAUACCCUUCCUGAUGAGUACCAUGAAUGGGCCUUGGAGUCUGGUAGAACAUCUCGAACUGAUGUUUUACUCGAUGAAUUUCCUCAACCGCCGGUCCACAUCAAAAACCUCGAUGCCAUAGACGAGGAUGGAAUCUAUACUCCCGAUGCCUCUAUCAAAAACAUGCGCCGAAAUUUCACGACCAAUAAUCUUCCCCUUCUGCAAGAACUUAAUCCGUACGAUGGGGCCGAAGAGUUCCAUCCUGUCAGCGAGGAAGGCGCAUCCUAUGAUCUAAUUGCGCCUUACGAUGGUUUCGAUACACCGCUCCAUAAACUGGAGCGCUUAUCAGAUGUGAUGUUUGGCGCUGAACACAUGCUUUCUAUACUCGAAAACCCUCAGUAUUUGACUCGGUUUCGAGAGUUUCUGAUCGAGGAACGCCCGCGCUCGAUCUCUACACUGUCAUAUUAUCUGACUGCGGUGAAAGCGCUCAAAUCAAUCGAGUACGCCAAUGCGCUAGUUCGCAUGGCAGUCGAUGUUCCACCACCUGCUGUCCAGUUAAUCCAGGAUGGAAAUGACCGUGUCGGAGUCACAAUCAAUAAACUCCUAGAGCAAAGGGUUCGUGAUGGACUCAAGGCAUUGACAGCGGAAGAAUUGCCGGCUUUCAUUACGUCGCGAUGUAUUACUAUCACCAGCAAGAUCGUCGAAGAGCGUGUUCGCGGCACGCUGCCAUUGAAGUUUCGAGAUACAUCUAAUGCUUUGGCUGAAGUUUUUUGUCUGACGGACCCAUCUCGGCCUGAUAACCCCAUUAUCUUCGCUUCAGAAGAAUUUCAUCGCACAACCCAGUACGGCAUGGACUAUGUUCUUGGAAGAAACUGCCGCUUCCUUCAGGGACCAAAGACAAACCCAAACAGUACACGGCGUCUUCGAGACGCUAUCAAAGAAUGUAGACAUCAUUCUGAGUUGUUUCUGAACUAUCGCCGAGACGGCUCUCCAUUCAUGAACUUACUUCAAUGUGCACCCCUCUGCGACAGCCAGGGUCGUGUGAAAUAUUUCAUCGGCGCACAAAUUGACGUCUCCGGCUUAGUAUUAGAGGGAGCACAAAUGGAGUCGUUGAUUGAACUUAAAUUCCGCUAUCGUGAUCCGGAGGAAGAAAGCGUAUCUGAAAAACCUGAGCCAGACGAAAAAGAUGCAUUCCAAGAACUGUGCGAACUAUUUAGUCCACGAGAAUUGGUUUCCGUCCAAGAACAUGGCGGUGAUCUGUACAAGCCCACGAAUGCGAAAAACAAAGCCAGCAUGCGCCACCGAACGUGGGUACGGGGCUCAAUGGAUAGUGAGAAGGAAGCCAUUCGACUACGUGAUAUGAAAUCACCCUACUUGCGUGGGUCACUGAUAGGAGUUUAUGAGAAUUAUCUUCUCAUUAGGCCCUACCCAUCUCUUCGCAUCCUGUUUACGUCUCCGUCGCUCCAGAUUCCGGGUAUGCUCCAGUCUUCUUUCCUUUCACGGAUCGGAAGUCCCCCUUCGGUCGUUGAUGAACUGGUAGAGGCGAUCCAGCAAGGCCGUAGUGUUACGGCACGUAUCAAAUGGGUCACACGCACCAAUUCUGAAGGUCGAAACCGCUGGAUUCACUGUACACCUCUCUAUGCCUCGAAUGGGCAAGUAGGUGUAUGGAUGGUGCUAGUCGUCGAUGACGACGAAGAGGAGCAGAUAAUUCACUGGAGAAGCUAA